AUGGCAGGCGUGCGUAAAAGUCCCGACCAAUCACACCAAUCAGAACAGCCCCUCAUGACCCUCAUGGGGAGCAUGGGGGGCAUGGGUGGCAUGGGUGGCAUGGGGAACAUGGGGGGCAUGGGGAACAUGGGGAACAUGGGGAGCCUGGGGAACAUGAAGGGCGUGGGCCACGGGGGGGAUGGCAGGCAGGAAUUCGAGAGGGUGGUGCAGCAUGAAUAUAGGGGGUUGAGAUGUGAGAGGGUGGUGUGGUUGAGCUGA